AUGGCAUCUGGAGGAUACGCGCACAACCCGAAUGGGAAUUGCCGCCUGUGCAAGGACAAGGACAGCGCGGACGAAUGGAUGAUCGAGUGCUCAAAGUGUUGGAACUGGUUCCACAUGACCUGCACCAAACUUGAGAAAAGACCCUCCACUAAGGACCUCUGGCACUGCCCAAAGUGCAAAGAGGAAAUAAUGGAGCUCCAGCAACUAAGAAAGGAGCUGGAGGAUCAAAAGAAGAAGACUACCAGGAGUGUGUCCAAGGAACGCGGACCAGCAGACACUGUAGAGCGGCUAAGACGCCAAUUUGAGGCACAAAUGGAAAGCCAAAAAUUGCGUGAUGAGGCAUUUCAAAAAGCCAUGAUUGAGAUGGCAACCAAAAUGCACCAAGUAAAAAUGGACCCCGAAGCGGGACAACAAAUGGCUCCGACAAUCAAAUUGCCAGAUGAAAUUACAAACUUACUGAGGAGGCAAACAGCAACACCCCUCCCAGUUUUCAACGGAAAUUACAAGGAUUGGCCAAAUUUUAAACGGCUUUACGAACAAAGCAAACGAGAAGGUCAAUUCAGCGAUACCGACAAUAUAAACAGACUUAUGGCAAGUCUAGGCAAGGCAGCAAAGGUACACGUAAGUGCCUUGCUGAUGGAUCCAGGAAACGAGAAACAUGUAGUAGAAACUCUGGAUAGUAUUUACGGACAACCGUUGGCUAUAUACAACGAACUAUGGAAGGAUUUGGCAAAGUUACGGAACCCACGCAUGGAAUACCCUCAAAGCAUGGUGGACUUCGUAGUGACUCUCGGAAAUUCGGUGUCCAACAUGUCCAUGAUACAGUGCGAGGAUUAUUUAACUAAUCCGUUGCAGAUGGCUGAACUUGUUUGCCGCUUACCACUGAACUUAAGAGAACAAUGGGCGGACAAGGAAGCAGAAGCAAUGAUUCCGCAAGAAGGACGACCACGGCAAAAACUCACACUAAAGGAAUUACACGAGUUUUUGAAACCGCAACAGCAAAGAGCAACACUUCUUAUUGCACAAAAGGUGUGUCAAUCUGAGAAGGAAAACCCGAAAAAUGAGCGCCAAUCAAGAGUCAAUAUGCACGCUGAAACAACAUCCAGAUCCCAAGCCAAAUGUUCCUGUUGUAGCCAACAACAUUGGAUAGUAGCAUGCCCGGUCUUUAAAAAGAUGAGUGUGGAAAAAAGACGAGAACUGGCACUAGAGAAACGCAUGUGCUUUAACUGUUUACGCCAAGGACACUCCUUUAGAAACUGUCAAAUGAGGCCAAACUGCAGAACAGAAGGAUGUACAGCACAUCAUCACACAUUUCUUCACGUCAGACCAAAAACAAAUGAUGAAAAACGAGCCUCCCAAAAGGAGGAAACAAAACAAAAAAUCAAGGAAUCUUCAGGACAUUCAAAAGACAACAAGAAGAACCAAGAUAAGAAGGAAGUGAAAGAAAUAGAUGCGCAAGCUCCAACAUCGUCCACCUCGAAGGAACAAGAAGAUGAAGCUGUACGCACUAACAUACACGCUACCAAAAGAAAUAAGGUCUACUACCAAAUACUGCCGGUUACACUUUAUGCGCAAGGAAGACAAUUAGAAACCUUCGCAUUUUUGGAUCACGGCUCAUCGAACAGUCUAAUCCUCGACGACUUGACCAAAGAUUUAGGUUUGCAAGGGCCAGUAUCACCAUUAUGCAUAAAAUGGACAAAUGACUCCGUACACGAAGAUAACGAAAGCCAAAGCGUAUGUUUCAAAAUAUCAGGCGACAACGAAAUUCGAUACCAAAUGGAAAGUGUACGUACAGUAAAAAAAUUAUCCUUACCACGACAGACACUUGACUACAAGGAUCUUCAUGAAAACUACAACCAUCUUAAAAACCUUCCUAUUCAAGGAUACGAGAAUGCUGAGCCGACAUUACUUAUUGGACUUGAUCAUCCCAGACUAUUAACAGCAACAAAACAGAGAGCAAGCAAAGUCGGUCCAGUUGCCGCUAAAACACCAAUAGGAUGGGUCAUUUACGGAAGGACCAACUCUCGACAUCAAGGAGAAAUAUAUUCCUGUGUAGUAGAGGAGCAAGACUCACUACGAGAAGAAAUGAGGAAAUACUUCUCAACGGAAGAGUUUGGCGUUAAGGUUAGCACCACUAACCAACAGAGCGAGGAGGAUAGACGAGCUGAAAAAUUGAUAAAAGAAACAAUGAAGUAUGACGGGAGUCAAUACGAAAUUGGCCUUUUAUGGAAACAAGCCAGGCCCAUAAUGCCAAAAUCAGAAAGCUUCAAGGGAGCAUUAAAGAGGUUAGAAUACACUGAAACUAAGAUGAGGAAAAACCCUGAGUUUGCCCAAUGGUACACGGACAAAAUUAAGGAAUACGUUGAAAAGGGAUACGCACGAAAAUUAACAGCAAACGAGAUAACACUAACAACCGAUAAAACAUACUAUUUGCCUCAUUUCGCUGUCGUAAAUCCUAAUAAAACACCUUUAAAACCGCGACUUGUAUUUGACGCAGCUGCCAAGGUACAAGGAUUAUCGCUCAACACUGAAUUACUCUCUGGUCCCGAUAACUUGACAUCGCUCUUUGGAAUUUUACUGAGAUUCCGAGAAGGAAAGUGCGCAGUAGCAGGAGACAUCCAAGAGAUGUUCUCACAAAUUAAAAUACGCAAAGAGGACCAGGAGGCUCAACGAUUCUUAUGGAGGGACGUAAAGAAUGCAAACGCAGAGAACUACCGAGAUUGCGAUCCGGUGGCAGCGAACGCCAUUAUAAAACAACACUAUGUUGACGAUUAUCUGGACAGUUUCUCGACAGCGGAGGAAGCCAGUGCAGUCACGUUCGGAGUUAUAAAAAUUCAUGAAGCUGCACACUUCACACUAAGAAACAUCACUUCAAACGAUGCCGAAAUGCUGGACGUUCUACCUGAACGCAACGUCGCGAGACAAUCCACCCAAAAGGAAUUUAUUGAAAAAACUGCAACAUCAGAGAAAGUCCUCGGAGUAUACUGGGACACGACCCAAGACACAAUUGGGUAUAGAAUAGCAGACUUCAAGUCCAACGCCAUACCGACCAAAAGAGAAGUCCUCUCAACAAUUGCCAGAAUCUUCGACCCUCUUGGAUUAAUAGCGCAUAUUACGAUUGGAGGUAAAUUACUAAUGCAACAAGCCUGGAAAGAAGAAUCAGCGUUCGCCGCGGCAGCAUAUAUACGAGCAGAAACCUUACAUGGAUACGACGUAAGCCUAAUAGCAGCAAAAACGAGAGUUGCACCAAAUAAAGCCAUGUCAAUUCCAAGGCUAGAACUUCAAGCCGCGGUGUUAGGCACACGAUUGAAAACAACCGUUUUAAAGGAACUUCGAUUGAAUAUUACAAACGUAACCAUGUGGACAGAUAGCACCACUGUACUCUCCUGGAUACGAAGUGACCAUCGCAGGUAUAAAACAUUUGUAGCCAACCGAGUAAGCGAAAUACUCGACGACACAACGAUCUCCCAAUGGAGGUGGGUACCAUCAGGAAUGAAUCCGGCAGACGAAGCAACACGGAACAUCCAACCUACGGAAUCUAUAUGGUAUACAAGAGCGACGUACCUAAAUACAAAAGUGGAAUCAUGGCCAAAGGAAAAAGGUGCAGUCAUUGAAACUUCAGAAGAAAAAAGGGUUUGCAGCGUUCAAGAAAUACAACCUGCGAACAUUAUUAUGCACACAACUUGGUGCUCGGAUUGGGGACGACUAAAGAAGGCAGUUUGUUACUGGCUCAAAUACAUGGAAAAAUUGAGGACGAAAGUAUCAAACUCCAGAUAUUAUGAGACAAUUACUUCUGAUCAUUAUAAGCGAGCAGAAAUCCUAUUGUUACAACAAGCACAGCAAGAAGCUUUUCCAUCCGAGCUAGUGGCUCUGAUCAACGGCGAAGGUAUUUACCAGAACAGCUCUGUAGCAGAUCACGAGCUUGCAUUAGAUGAAAACCGUCUCAUCCGAAUCAGCGGACGAAUACAAAACAUGACUCCAGUACUAUUACCAAAUAAGGGAAUAUAA